UUGUCACCAGAGUGGGGAACAACAGAAGCUCCUGAGUUCCCUGGAGAAUUUGUUUCUGAAGAUGAAUAUAAAAGGAAGCUAAGCGUUCUUAUUCAAGAGCUGUUGAUCUCAGAAGAGGAUUACAUUCAAGACCUACAGUUCCUCCAGACUCAUCAUCUUAAGUACACUGAGACCUGUCCCAACGUCCCAGGAGCUGUCGCCAGCCAGAAAUCCACCAUCUUCAGAAAUAUUGAUGACAUUGCUCGUUUCCAUUCCAGUGUCUUCCUCCGAGGCUUGCAGAAAUGUGACACUGAUGAUGACGUGGCCAUGUGUUUUAUCAAGCACGAAGCAGAGUUUCAUAAGUACAUCCAGUACCUGGUGGGGCGGAUACAGGCUGAGUCAAUUGUUGUCAGCAAAGCUGUCCAGGAUUUCUACAGGAGGUACACGGAUGAAAUUUUACCUUAUGAGGAUCCUUCACAGCCACUUAUCCCACCACUGCAGCACUACCUGGAAAAACCCAUCAACAGGAUCCAGCAGUAUCAAACUAUAAUCAAGGAAUUAAUCCGAAACAAAGCCAGAAAUAGCCAAAACUGCACUUUACUGGAGCAGGCUUAUGCCAUUGUGUCUGCACUCACUCGAAGAGCAGAAAACAACCUCCAUGUCUCACUCAUUGAGAAUUAUCCGGGAACUUUGGAAAGCCUUGGUGAACCCAUCCGACAGGGCCACUUCAUUGUGUGGGAAGGAGCUCCAGGAGCUAGAAUGGCGUGGAAAGGACACAAAAGACAUGUCUUUCUCUUCAAAAAUUAUAUUGUGAUCUGCAAACCAAAGCGAGACACAAAGACAGACACCUACAGUUACAUCUUCAAGAACAUCAUGAAGCUGAACAACAUAGAUGUGAACGACCUUGUGGAAGGAGAUGACCGGGCGUUUGAGAUCUGGCACGAGCGGGAGGACUUGGUCCGCAAGUACCUCCUUCAGGCACGUACAGUGAAUAUCAAGAACUCCUGGGUGAAGGAGAUCUGUGGCAUACAACAGCGGAUCAGCGAGCCUGUCUGGAUACCUCCAGAUUUUGAGGAAGAACUGGCGGACUGUACAGCUGAGCUGGGAGAGACAGUGAAGCUGGCUUGCAAAGUUACUGGAGCUCCCAAGCCAUCUGUCAGCUGGUACAAAGAUGGAAAGCCUGUGGAGGUGGAUCCCCAUCAUAUUAUCAUUGAAGAUCCCGACGGUUCCUGCACGUUGAUCUUGGACAACCUAACAGGUGUUGACUCAGGACAGUACAUGUGCUUUGCUUCUAGCCCUGCUGGAAAUGCCAGUACCUUAGGAAAGAUCCUUGUUCAAGUGCCACCACGGUUUGCGAACAAGGUUAGAAAUGCUUAUUUUGUGGAGGGUGAAGAUGCUCAAUUUACUUGUACUAUCGAAGGAGCACCUAGGCCUCAAAUCAGGUGGUACAAAGACAGUCUACUGUUGAAAGACACAAGUAAAUACCAGACUUUCAGUGAACCACGGAGUGGCAUAACAGUCCUGGUGGUCAAGAACCCUUCCAAUGAAGAUAUGGGACACUAUGAAUGUGAGCUGGUGAACAGAUUAGGGUCUGCAAAAAGUGGAGCAGAACUUUACCAUCACAGCGCUGCAGCCCUGACCCAGGAGAGGAGAGGAGACCAAGCCAUUACCAUAGAAGUCACUGAACAAGAGACUAAAGUGCCCAAGAAAACCAUCAUCAUAGAGGAAACGAUAACCACUGUGGUGAAGAGCUCAAGACAAAGGGGAAGGGUUUCUCCUGCACGUUCCUCUUCAGGUCAUUCACCUUCCCGCUCUCCGAGAGCGGAGCCAACUCCAGAGCCAGUUUAUGUUUCAAAGAUCAGGCAGCCUGUCCACAGACAUGAGCAGGAGGCAACACCAACGUCUGCUGUUCCCAUGCUUUUUGUCACAGAACCAGAGGACAGGCAAGGAGCAGCAGCUGGAGAUGUUGUCAUAGAGGCUAAGGGGGAAGAGAAAAAGCCCAAAUGGGUUGAAGUGGAAGAAAUAAUAGAAUUCAAGGUGAAAAAAUCACCAAAACCUGCAAGGAAAAGAGGAUCUUCCCCAGCAAAACAAGAAAAAGAUGACUCGGGGGUGUUAACAUUCACUUUUCCCAGCCCAAGGCCUAGGCGUUCCCCAGAAGAUGAUCCAAACACAAACAACUCCAACAAUAAAUUGGUGGAACAGUCAAAAUCUUUGCCUGAUGAUGGUCUCCCCGAAGAUGAUACCCAGCCCCUGGUGUAUGCAACCGAGCAGGAAGGGCCUCAAGUCAGCAGCGAAGACAGAAGCUCCCCGUGUGGGUCUGAUCAACUAGGAAAUAAUUCAUUUAUGGAUUGCGGAACCGAAGGAAAGAGCUUCCCGCAGGUAACAAGUCCUCACUACAGGUCAGACGUUGCUUCCCCGCUGCUUGCCUGCGGGGGUGAGCCUUUGACCUUCAGUUUUGAGACAGCUGCUGCAGACCAGCAUGAACUUCUCUUCUCACCAGUGAGUCCAGAGGUUAAGGAAGAGGUAGAUGAAUUAGACGUAUCUUGGCCUGUUGAAGAGGGGGUACCCGAAGUAAUGCCAGAUAUCCUUCCAGAAGAGGAUAAUGUCGUUAUAGUUGAUGAACCAGAGGAACUACAGCCAGAUGACAUUAGCACCCGGGACCGCAAGAUCUUAACCCACAAUGGCAAAGUACUAACUUUGGAGGAUCUUGAAGAUUAUGUUCCUGAAGAAGGAAUGACUUCCCCACAGUCAGAGAUGGAGACCUCUGUCCAGGCCUCACUUCAGCGUGCUGAUAAGGAGAUCAAGACAGCUCUAAAGAAACUCGUGGACUCGGCAUCACUGCUGGUGACUCUUCCACCGGACAAAGCACAAAGGCAGAUUCCAGCUGAAGAACCAAGGGUGCCAAGGCCCAGCCCCGGUCCUUCCCAUGAAGAGACAGUAGAUGGGGAUGAAAGGACUCAGGAGCGCACUGUUCCUAUUACCAGAACAUCCCCAGCCACGGGGGCAGGAGACUGGUACAGAAGAGAAGGAGACGUGGUCUGGGAUGUACACAGUGAAGUUUAUAUUGAGACCACAGAAAGAACUUGUGUGUACAAGACUGAGGAGAAGACCCCAACAACGAACCCUUGUGUCUCACCAGGUCCUCCCUAUAUGCAAGUGACAAUAGAGGAUGUGCAGGUGAAUUCUGGGGAGCGUGCCAAGUUUCAGGCAGUCAUCGAAGGAACCCCUCAGCCUACCGUUUUGUGGUUUAAG